GUCAAACUUUCUAGUAUUUUAUAGAUCAAACCAAAUGUAUGAAUUUAAAUUGAACAUUUCUUCGAUUUUCCUGGAUCGCUUACAGUGGGUUACAAAUUUAUGCGAGAAACCAGCUGCCCUAUGAAACAAACCAGCUUCUAGCAAAGAUUCGAUCCAUCAACGAUCGCACAGCUGCUUCUCGGCUCGCAUGACGUUCGCUUUGGCGGGAAACGCUCCAUCCAUCAGUUUGACAGUCAACCGGUUUGUUUACAACGUUGCGAAAUUCGUCGGUUCGGUGCUAAAUUGAAAUCUACUUGGAUUAUCGCAAUUGAUUUCAUUCUAACGCGAUCGGUUAAGGUGCGGGAAUAGGUAAAAUGUCGAUAUUACUAGCAGACAUAGACGCGACGUGUGCGGCUCUCGGUUAUUUCGACGGUGAAAAGUACCACGCGGAACCAGAUGCCAUACAAGGGUUAAAACAUUUAAUUUGGAUCCUGCGACGCGACGGGGACAUUCAUGAAUAUCGUCGCCACUUGGGUCGCGCGAAAGUCGUGCAAACGGAUCUCGUUCCUAUGCUUCCGGACCACAUUGACGACCCCGAGUUUUCCGAUGUUUUGAUCCGUUUGUUAGUGAUUUUAACGAAUCCGACCUUGCUCUUGUAUCGCAACGGAUUGCCCAAGGAUGGGGCGGGUCGGAAAAUUUAUAUGGAAUUGGUGGACAUUCUGCAAGGGUACAAGAGUGCCUUCACAUCCGGACAAUUGUGGGGUGCCCUCACGGUUAAGUUGCACAAAGCCCUGGAAACGGAGUGGACUGUACGUAGCGAAGAACAAGGACUGCUUAUCGAACGAAUAUUGGUACUUGUUCGUAAUGUACUUCAGGUACCGGCCAAUCCGGAAUUCGAGUGUCGGGCCGAUAACGAUGCUAGCCUUCACGACCAAGUUAUCUGGGCGCUGCAACAGUCAGGCAUGCUCGAUUUAGUGCUCUACAUUCUCAGCUCAGCAGACGAAAAUCAAUACCAUCUUCAUGCACUUGAAAUUGUUUGUCUGAUGUUUCGAGAGCAGACUGCCGAGUCAUUGGCGGAUGCCUCGCUGCAACGUAGUGCGGCUGAAAAGCAUCGAGACGAGGAGGAACUGAUAGCUGUACGGAAACGUGAAAAGCAAAAACUGAUAGCUCGCCCGCCGCCAGCUCGUCAUUCACGUUUCGGUGGCACUUAUGUAUUGCAAAACGUGAAAUCCGUAUCGGAUCGGGAUGUUAUCUGCCACCAAUCCUUAGAACGUGCUGUAUCUUUGGAUUUUGAUCGAGAGAAAACCAAGUUGAAAAGGUCACAUCGUAUUGUUAAGGAAGCCACUACAGCGGAGCGUCGAAGUGCAUUUUCCGUAAGAUUAUGUUUGCGGGAAUAUUGCAUUGAAGUUCUGCGGUCAGCAUAUAAUACCCUCGUGCGUCAAGUUCGACGUGUCCUGGAGCGAGGCACCGGUGGAUCUAGUGGAGCGCACGAUGAUUCAUAUCUGCUGUGGGCAAUCCGAUUUUUCCUCGAGUUCAAUCGCCUAAGUGGAAUGCAAUUGGAAUUGGUUAGUGAGUCCUUAAGCAUUCAGUGUUUCCAUUGGGUACUGACUCGCAUUCAACAUGAUAUGGAUAUGAUUACGACGGAUAAGAAGGAAGCUCAACUGUGGGGACGACGCCUGCACGUCGGAAUUCAGACAUUCCGGGAACUGCUUCUCAGCUUGAUAGCCUUGAAACGCCUACCCGACGAGAAGGCUCAGGCUCUUUUCAAUAUGCUACAAAAUAAUAUUUGCUACGUAUUAGAAUAUCGUGAGACAAUUUUACAUUUAUUGAUUGCGUUCAAUGAAAGUCACUGUACAAAGUCAUACUUGCGUGAUCUUAUUGAAACAGCAAACAUUUUCAUUAAAUUGAUGGAAAAAUUUUGUAAAGCUCCGGUAGUCGUACAAGAAAAACGUCGUGGUCGGAAGAAAGGGCCGAAGAAAGUGCAGCAGAGGCAGUCUGGACCAGCCACCGAGGAAACAAACGAAGAACUCGAGGACAUGUGGACCAAUUUCGUUACCGAGCUAGCAUCUCUCCUUGCACAGCCUGAUAUUGAUCUUUCAGAAGAGAAGCGGCCAAUUCCAUUUGAUGCUACAUCAGAGAAGUCCAUCGACGACCAAAAGGAUGAUUGCAUGUUGCGCAUUUACAAACUUUUGCGAGAAGAGAAAUUGGAGGAGUGUGUUGUCUUGCUGCGCGCUGCCAGAGAAGUCUGGCCGGAAAAUGAUUGCUUCGGCGCUAUCUCAGCGGCGCCCGAGGACGAGCUAAUGCUAUUACGGGAGAUAUUUUUUUCAAAACUUGGUCCAGUCGAAAAGCAGCCAAACCAAACUGAAGAUACCGCUGAAAAUGAGGAAGACGACGAGGAAGAUGAAGAAGAUGAGGAGGAAGAAGAGCCUGAAACUGUCGAAAGAGAUUUUAAAUUUGAGGAUUUCGCUAAAAGACUCUUGAGUCCGAAAAUCAUCCGUGCAUGCACAAUUGCAUUAUCGGACUGGGAAACUAUGCCAACGAAGUCCUUGCGGGCAGCUGUGACUAUUUUGUAUCGAAUUGCUUAUGAGCUCAAGUGUUCGGCAAUGCUUUACCAGGCCACACUCUUCAAAAUAUUUCAAAAGGUCUUCAAUUCCCCACGUGAUAAACAUAGUGAGGAGUUGCGGCGCUUGGGGAUCUACGUUGUUCGUCAGUUUGUGGAAACUGCUCCUAAUAAUCCGAAAAUAUAUGCAGAGUUGCUCUUCUACAAAACUUUGAAAGAAGCUAAUGACCUAGAAACCGGAUACACGGAUACAUACCACGGAGCCACUAAAGGGGCAUGGACGGAAGAGCAGGAAAAUGAGUUGCAGACGCUUUUUGAGGAGAAUCAAAGGAAUCCUCAAACGGAUCAAGAUGUGAUUGAUUGGAUUCUGGACAAUUUAAUCGACAAGACUCGUACACGUCGGGGUGUUUUGAAAAAGCUGAAGGAGAUGGGUCUAAUGUUUAAGGCGCCAACGAAGAAAUCAACAGCAGCAGCUGCUCAGAAAAAUUUAUGGCAACAUGAAGAAGAUGAACGGCUCAGGAGUUUAUACGAUGAGUUUCGCCUGGAAAACGACUGUCUUGCACGGAUCAUGCAAGCAUUCGACGAAAAACGCACCAAAAACAACGUAAUCAAGCGAAUGAUCCAACUCGGUCUCAUUGCUGACCGAUCGGAAAUAGUUCCGCAAAAGACCAAAAAGUCGCGUCCGAAAAAGCAACAAUCAGACGUUUCAGGUACUGAAGACUCGGACGAAGAAAUCGCAGAGCAGAAACCCAAACGUAAAUCUAAACCGAAACCAGCGAAAAAACCUCAAAAAUCAAAAACUAUCGUGAAAACUCCUCUGGAUAUUGGAACUGUGAAAUUCUUGAUUGCUCAGUGCGAUGAAAAGUUCAAGGAAGCCUUGGACUGGCUGAAGGAAGGAAUCAAAGAUGCAUCCGAGGAUUUCGAGGAGGUGUCAGAGGAUAAUGAUGAUGGAGUACCUCUACUUCCUCUUCAGCCUAUAGAAAAGGAGGCAAUAGACGAUGAAACUUUCAAAAGGUUGCUAAUAGCUCUGGGUAUCCAACCGCCCAUUGAAGGGACCGACACAUACUGGAAGAUACCAGUCUAUCUGAAUGCAGCCGAUUUGAAAGUUAGAUUUGAAGUGCUGGACGGAACUUACAACCCAGCGCCAAGUGAGAAUGCUUCGACUCAGGGCAAGGAUGAUGAUUCCGAUGCCAACCAGGAUCCUAAUGAGGACACCGCUUCAUCGGCGUCAGAUGACAACGACAAUGACGAAGACGACAGUGCUAACGACAGCGAUUCCCAUGCAAAUUUCUUAAGUAAACGCCGGGAACAUUUCGAUAAUUUAGUAUUCAAUCAAAGCGAUAAUGAAGACGAGCAUCGUGCCCCAUUGAAGCCCAGAAAAGGGCGAAAAAGCACAAAGGCUGGCACGGAGAGGGUCAACGCCGAUAGCAAGCCAUCGAAAGGUCGAGGCCGCUCCAAGAAAAUCGACAUUAACGAGAUGCUAAUGGAAGGAGGUUCCCAGGAUGAUAAAAAUAGAGAGAACAGUGAUGCAGACAAUGAAAACCCACUCGAAGAUUUCGAUUCAGAAAACCUUCGAAAACGUCUGGCUGAGCUCGUGGAUGACGAUGAUGACGAUGCCAUCGAUAAUGAUGAUGGCGCCGUUGAUAACACUCUCGGGAACAGUAAAAGCGAGAAAACGCAACGUGUUCGCCGUAACGUUAUCGAGUCAGAUUCCUCUGAUGACGAGGUGGAAAACAAAACAAUUUCAAAUCAGGACAAUCUCAAAGCGGUGGACAGGCGUGAAAAGGAUGAUCAAUUAUCCGCAAGUGGUAACAAUGAAGUCGAUAAACGCAUCAAUACAACCAGGGAUGAUUCGCAAAAGCAACAUGUUGACGUCAAUAAUCAAUCAUCAACGUCCUUAGCCAACAGUUCGGGGGAGCUGGGGGACAUUCCCAACAAUUCGCUUCGAAUGUCGCCGACACCUGAGGAUGAUGACUACGACGCGAAUAUUAACGCUGAAACCAAUAUUAAACGUACACGAAACGAUGUCAAUGGCGGGUCGGAGGAUCUUGAUGAGGAGGGAGUUGUCGCAAAAAAGCAAAAAAUCGUUGGACAGGAUAUUGGAGCGCGGCGCUGGGCAGCACUUAUCGAUGAGGACAGCGAUUAGUUUGUAAGAAUCAUGUUUUGUAUUGUCUUCGUGUUUUUAUUUUUCUUUCAAU